GCCUCCAUCUCUACAACCUCCAGGCAGCAUGUCUGCCUUUGCUACUGCCAUCGCCGUAGAGGCCACCCAGGAAACAGGCGUCUAUGCCGCAAACCUCCUCCAAACAUGGUGCAUCGGCGCAGUUCCCCACGGAGGGUAUCUUCUCGCUAUCAUUCUCAAUGCACUCGAAACACACUCCAAGCAGGUGCACGCGAAACUCGACCAGCCAGAUCCAAUUCAGCUCGGGGUCCACUUCAUCGUCAAGGCACAGGUCGGACCAGCUCGCAUCCUCGUCAAGGACAUCAAAACCGGCAGAAACUACAGCAACUGCAACAUCACCUUCCAACAAAAAGAGCAGGACGGCCGGUGGAUCUCCCUCAUUCAUGGAUUCGCCAUCAUGGGCAACCUCGAGCGCGAAGAAGGACCCUCUGUACUCACGACCGACCGGCAUGCAGAUAUUCCCGAUCGCAAGGACUGUAAGCAGCUGGAUCCAGAGUACACAGAAUUUAGGCGCGUUGCCAAAAACUUUGACUACCUCCUGCCGACAUUCCCUUAUGAUCGAGCCACCGAGCUCAAUUGGCUCAAGUUCAAGGACGAUGCCGAGAUGGAUCUACUUGCUAUCGGCCUCAUCAGCGACCUCAUGACGCCGUUGCCCCUGCGCGUGAUUGAGAACGAAAAAGGCUGGUACCCGACAUUGUCACUAGACUUGCAAUUCAAACAGCGGCCCAAGAAGGGCGGCAAGUGGUGCUACCUGCAAGUGCAAAGCGAAUCUCUCCUCAAUGGUCGCUUCGACAUUACAACACGCGGCUAUGAUGAAGACAAGAAUCUCAUCAUGGUCUCGCAACAUGCAGCGUUACGCGUGUCAGCCGAGCGCAAUCUCAAGAAGCGCGCCGAACGGCCAGCGAAUUUGUAA